GAUCCAGUGCAGGCCCCGGGGUUGGCUAAUGUGCUAAUGCUGUGCUGCUUAUUAGGAACCUCUCAAACCUGCUUGAGAGUUGAUGAGAGCGCAUGAGUGUUUGUGUGUAUGUGUCUUUCAGUGAAUUAGGUGUGUGUGGGUUCAUCCCACAGGAACGCUUAAGAACCGGUCGGACCACGUUUUGACUGAAGUCACCUGAGUGAAGAAAUGGAGAACUAGUUUUACCAAAGCGAGGCAGAGACGAGAGGCAAAGGGAAAGAGAAGGAGAGGGAGAGCAAACAGGCUUAAGCUCCGGGUCCACGCGGUCCACGCGGUGAUUAUUAACCUUUGAUGUCUCCGGUUUCUCUUUUUUUUCUGCGUUGAAGUGACGCUUUUUGUCGCACUUUGAAACACUUGUUUGGAGGCAGGCUUUCCCGGGACAGACGCACACAUCUGUAACAACAGAUAGACGGUCACAGCGACUCAGACGAGCCCGGGUUGGAGGACUGUGCGUGUCACCAUGCCUGUGCGACAGAAAGAUGCUCAGCGAGCCCUGGAGCUUCUCCAGCAGUACCGGGCCAAACUUGACCAGAGACAGCAGAACCAGAGUCGAACCAAACAAGGCCUUGUGGAGGAAGACCACCAGCUGCAGCAGUCGCUGGACCGAGUCAUUAAUGUCUUCCAAAGUCAGCUCUUUAGUGCUCUGCUUGACAUUCAGGAGUACUACGAGUUGACCAUCCUCACAGACAGUAAGUGUUCUGGGGACCAGACAGACCUUCCUCCCCCCUGUAACCUGUCAGCAAACCUCCCAGCCCAGCCACAGCCUUCUUCUGCUCCUCUAAGCCCCCAAGCUUCUGGAGGGCCAUCUCAGCCAAACCCCCUGGCCCCCAGACCCAAGUCAAUCAAGUCCCCUGCCCCUUUAAUCCCAUCUGGAAUACCCACAGGGAAAACAUCUUCCUCUACAACACAGUCCACAACACCUCAGUCACAGCCAGCCAAAGUCAAGUACCGUGCUCCUCUUCCUCCUGUCCAGCCUGGAGCAUCCAAAUCAUUGACGUCACAGACCUCUUCUCCCUCCACAUCCCCUGGAGUCACAGGGAAUGGUGCAGAAACCCCCACCGGCUCUAUAAAAUCUUCCCCUGGAGAAUCGCUCAAUGGAACAAAGCCUCAUCUUACUGCCACCAACUCCCUUUCAUCAGAAAGUUCCACCACCACCGCCAGUCCACAAAGCUCUUCUCUCACUCCAGACCGACACCUGGCGACUGUCUCGGCCCUUGUCUCCAGCACCAUCCAAGGCCUUGUGUCUCCGACCACUCCAGACAAACUUACCCCCACCAGUCCAGGCAUCAACAGAGUCACAGACGCUACCAUAACCUCUCCAGCUCUUGCGACCAGCAAGGAUCUAAAAAUAGGCAAAGUCACUCCCAGCACGAGCCCAACUAGCCCCAACCAAAACAAAUUUACCUUCAGCAGCUGCAGCCCCACAGUUCCUCCAUCACCUUUUGCUAAAGGUCCUCCUCUGAGUCCAACCAGCCCUGGGUCAGUCAAAGGCUCCCCAUCCAGCCCUGGUCAUGGUCCAAUCAGCCCCCGGCCAGCUACAAGCCCACUGCCUCCCAGCAAGAAAUAUCGGUAUCAAGAAGAGGAAGGAGCUUCACCAGGUGCCCCAAAACUCCACCAGCACCCCUGCCAUCAGCACCCAAUGGGAGUAGCCAGAGAGCUGAGGGAUGGAGGGACCCUGGGGAGGGAAGGGAGGGAUGGGGGGACCUGGAGGAGAGAGGGAGGGGGCGCCGGGACCAUGGAGAGAGAGCGAUCACUGGGGAGGGACGGAUCUCUGGGUCGCCACUGUGACCUGCGGGGUGCCGAGCUGGUUCAGGUGGCGGAGCGGCAGCUGUCGCAGAUCCAACACGUUCACGGAUACGUCACUCACACACACAUCACGCCCGCUCAGGUAGAAUCUCCUGAGGUUCCCUUUGAUGACGAGGCGUGGCCUCACCCAGAGGGAGAGAGGCUGAAUGAAGUCCCUGCCCCGCCUUUCUCCUCCCUCUAUUCACAAAGCCACGCCUACUACCAGGCCAACCCGCCUCCAGUGGUGGUCAACACCGACAGCGUUGACACUCCCCCAUAUGCCAAUGGAACAGAAGCAGACUAUGAGUAUGAGGAAAUCACGCUGGAGCGGGGUAACUCAGGUCUGGGGUUCAGUAUCGCAGGAGGGACCGAUAACCCUCACAUCGGAGACGACCCCUCAAUCUUCAUCACCAAGAUCAUACCUGGAGGGGCUGCAGCCCAGAAUGGACGACUCAGGGUGAACGACUGUAUAGUCCGGGUAAACGAGACAGACGUCAGAGAGGUGACCCACAGCGGGGCUGUGGAGGCGCUGAAGGACGCCGGGGGUCUGGUCAGACUAUGUAUACGACGCAGGAGGAGCCUCACUGAGCGGGUCGUGGAUAUCAAGCUGGUCAAAGGCCCCAAAGGUUUAGGAUUCAGUAUAGCAGGUGGAGUCGGAAACCAACAUGUCCCGGGCGACAACAGCAUCUACGUGACAAAGAUCAUCGAGGGAGGGGCUGCCCACAAAGACGGACGGCUGCAGAUAGGGGACAAACUUGUGGCUGUGAACGCCUCCUGUUUGGAGGAGGUAACUCAUGAGGAGGCAGUGGCUGCCCUGAAGUCGACUCCUGACGUCGUUUACCUCCGUGUCGCCAAACACGCUUCCCUUUUCAUUAAUGACAACUUCCCUCCGCCCGACGUCACUAAUUCGUACUCCCCACAUCAAGACAACCAUAUAAGCCCCUACAUGAGUGGCAGCCAGUCUGUAAGCCCCGCCCCACUGACCACGCCCAGAUACUCACCGCUGCCCAGGGCCAUGACGGGAGAGGAAGACGUGCCCAGGGAACCCAGGCGGGUGGUGCUCCAGCGAGGUUCCACAGGUCUUGGUUUUAACAUCGUUGGCGGAGAGGACGGAGAAGGGAUCUUCAUCUCCUUUAUUCUCGCUGGGGGACCAGCUGAUCUCUGUGGGGAGCUACGGAAGGGAGACCGCAUCCUGUCGGUGAACGGUGUGGACUUGUCCAGUGCCACACAUGAGCAAGCAGCCGCUGCUCUGAAGAAUGCAGGACAGACCGUUACCAUAGUAGCACAGUACAGACCUGAGGAAUACAGUCGUUUCGAGGCAAAGAUUCAUGACCUGAGGGAACAGAUGAUGACCAGCAGUGUCAGUUCCAGCUCAACUUCGCUCCGCUCCACACAGAAACGCACGCUUUACGUCAGAGCGCUGUUCGACUACGAUGGAAGCGCGUCGGAUCUGAGCACGCCCAAUCAGGCCCUGCCGUUUCAUUUCGGGGACAUCCUCCACGUGAGCAGCGCUGGCGAGGAGGAGUGGUGGCCCGCCCGCCACCUCAGCCCUCCGCCUCCAAACUGCCCUGAAGUGGGAGUCAUCCCCAGCCGCAGGAGGGCAGAGAAGAAGGAGAGGUCGAGGUUAAAGGUGGUCAGAGUGACGAGGUCUCAGGACAGAUCGGAUCAGGAUGAUAAAGAGCUGGUAACCUCUGGCACCAGCGAUAGUGAGAGUUGUUCCUCUGGCCAGGAGGAGACGCUUCUCACCUACCAACCGGUCAUGCAGCAGGAAGUUAAUUACACGCGGCCAGUCAUCGUGCUCGGACCAAUGAAAGAUCGAGUCAACGACGACCUCAUCUCUGAGUUCCCUGACAAGUUUGGCUCCUGCGUCCCCCACACAACGCGGCCGCGGCGAGACUACGAGGUGGACGGCAGAGAUUAUCACUUCAUGUCCUCCAGAGAGCUCAUGGAGCGAGAGAUUCAGGAGCACAAGUUCAUAGAGGCUGGACAGUACAACAACCAUCUGUAUGGAACGAGCAUACAGUCUGUCAAAGAAGUCGCCGACAAGGGUAAACACUGUAUACUUGAUGUAUCAGGGAACGCGAUAAAGCGUCUCCAGAUGGCCGGCCUCCAUCCCAUCGCUGUCUUCAUUAGACCACGCAAUGUGGACAACAUUCUAGAGAUGAACAAGCGUUUCACCGAGGAGCAGGCGAGGAAGACCUUCGACAGAGCUGUCAAACUGGAGCAGGAGUUCACAGAGUACUUCACUGCUAUAGUCCAGGGCUCGUCUCUGGAGGAAGUGUAUUCACAGGUGAAGCAGGUCAUCGAGGAGCAGUCUGGUCCUUACAUCUGGGUGCCCACCAAGGAGCGACUCUGAAUAAACACACACACAUGCUACAUGAUCACACACAUCACUGUUUCAAAAUGUCUCUGAUUUUCUAUUAUCAGCCUGCUUCCUCUCUCUCUCUCUCUGUCUCUGUCUUACGCACGCAUUACUAUAGUGCACACGCGCACACACACACACACAUUUACACAAGCUCAUAAAGUUGGACGAGGCUGGGACUAUCUGGGACUGCGACUUCCUGAACUGGGAGGAGCUAAAGUCUGUCCAGCAGCCUAUCGGUGGAUCUUCCUACAGCUCGGUUCCUUAAUGUUUAAGGAGGUGGUUCAAAUCAAGGCGACACGUACCAUUAUCUGAUUUGAUUUCAUUAUUGUUCUUCUUAUUGUUGUUGUCGUUGUUGUUUUCAUAUUAACAAAGGGUGAUGCAUUCAUGUAUGGGUUUGUAAUGAUAAUAUUGUCACCAAGAGGCAGACUUUUGCACGCUGUAGCUUUAAGAGCAUGUUUUUGGGACAAAAUCUUGAUCUCCUGUCUUUCCUCACGGCAUCACUCCUGUUUAGAUCUUCUCUUGUCUUUUUUUUCUAUCUUUCUCUCAUAUUCCAUCCCUUCAUCGUCCUUUCCUCCCCAGACUGUCUACAGACUUUAGAUAUGAGGUGAAUAACAUAUAAUGUGCCCCAGCAUUUUGGCAUCAAGGGCCAAAAUGAAACUAUAGUACAAUUACUGUUUAGAGAUGUAGCAAAAAAGUAACCAUAAGCCACUAAGACACAUGUUGACGUUUCUUGAUAUUGCAAUCAGAAAUUUUAAAUCAAAGCUUGAAUAGAAAACCAAGUUAGAUUGCUUAAAAAUAGAUAAAGUAAGGAGUACUUAACAUUUUGCUUAUUGAGGGCCAGAAAAAACAAACAAAUUUGGAGGCCUAAGCCCGUACUUAUCAAAUUUCUGAGAAUUAUUUUUCAUAGAUAAUGAGAAAAGGCAUUUGCCAAAAGUAAAGACCGGGUUGCAUUUAUCAAGUAUCUCGCUCCGAUUCACAGCUGAAUCAGUAGGAGUCGUCUUUCAGAGCAGCUCUCAAGUCAUCACAUGACAUUACCACAUGACGUUUUCUGACCAUAUGAACUUUUUCAUUGUUUUUAAAAGGGAUUACAUUUUACACAAAAAGUUGAUUUUAUGAGCGUGAAAUCUGUGUGUGACAUUAACUACAAUCUAAUGCAGUGAUUUCCUCCCGGGGGUACUUGUACCACAGCGGGUACCUCUGCUGUGUAUGUGGAGACAUUGUAGAGAUUGUAGUUUAGCUAAUUUGAAAAAUACGCUGAUUAAUUGAAUUUAAAACAUACAUCCACAUACUGACUCAGCUGUAACAAUUAAUUUAGUUGUUAUUAAGAUAUAUUAAGAGUGAGUAAUUUGUCACAAGUAAAUGGUUGGACCAUCCAGUUUUUGGCGUACUGGAGGCUAUUGGGCUGGGCUGUGGGGGUGGGGGUAUGUCUUAUAAAAAGGUGGUCGCCACUGAUGUAUAUCAUAUAAAUUCUACUAAAAAAGGUUAAAAUAAUGGGGAAUCAGCAGGAAUAGACAGAACAAUCAAGAAAAUCAAAGGCUAAUGAAGGCCAAGUGAAAGAUUUUUUUCAUUGAGCAGUUUGGUAAAUACGGGCCUGGCUUCCUCUGUUUUAAAAUCUUGGGUUUGUUUUGCCCAAGUCUUAGCCCCCACAGUGGCUUCUCUGCCUCCCUCCUCCCACUCCCCCUGCUCCUCUCUGUCUCAUGCCUUCAUCACCCCCCUCCUCUCCUUGUCCACACCCACAGUGUGACAUUUGUUGAGCACUCAGCAUCAAACAGUGUAUCAUCAUCAUCUUCAUCAAUACUAUCAUCAUGAUCAUAAUCAUCAACAUCAUCGUUAUAGCUUUCCUUCUUACUGCAGUUGCACUAAUGAGGGCUGGUUUUUAAAAGCAUCUUAGAACUGAUACCAUCCCAGUGCUUUGAUGUGUGCUACACUCCCUUUUCUUUCAGCUGUCGGUGGUGAUUGUGCUGUUCUAACAGAGAUCAAGACGGUCAGGGAACACUGUUUGGUUUUUGCAGUUAUCUGUGUAGUUAAAGAUAUUGGUCAAAUGUUACUGUCAACUGCAUCUUUUGGCAACACAUUUUUAUCAUGCUGGAUGUAUGAGUUUUAGCCUUCAGUCCCAGUAUGCAUAAAUAACACCUGAAACUAGCACCAUUUGUGACCUCAGUGCUCCAUAUUUUACCCUUUGAUAUGGGCACAUGGUGGACAACGAAAUCGAUGCAUUUUUACCUGUCAUCCAGCAACAGUGUCUGUCUUUAAAGGUAUUUUCAUGAUCCUAUUGAUGUAUUAAAUGGCACAGAACGUUUUCACAGACUCCACCAGCCACUGCCCCACCCUGCACAGUGGACUUGUGGAGUCCACCUAACCUGUGGAGUUUUACGCCGCUAAUUCUUUUUGAAAUGUAGUGAAAUUCUGUAAUAUAUUUAUUUGGAAACAUCAUUUUCUGCAUUAUAGGUGCUACAGUAAUUACAAGAACAGACCCUGAAAAGUCUGCAGCAGUCUUUGCUGCUCAUUUCAGCACUGUAGUUGUUUUAUUUUUAUCUGACAAAUUUACAUGUUGUGCUAAAUAGUUCUGGUAGCUUAACUAGUGCUAUGUAGCAGUGUUUUAUAAGUGGGUCCCUGUUUUGAUUGUAUCAUCCAUAAGCACAAGGACCCACUGGCAGCAUAAUUUCCAUCUUGCCAUCAGUUUCGCACUGUACUGCUGAUUGACAGUUUUGGUGGUGAAUGUAACCUUUGUUUACAAAAAACUGUCACGAUCUGUGGAAAUAAACUGUAUAAAGGUGUGUUUAGCUUUAGGCAAACAUUUUAUCUUUCCCAGGAGAGGAGAUGAGAUCUAUGAGAUCAUGAAAAUACCUUUGAACAGUCCUAUGCUGUGGUAACAGGUUAAAAAACAUAAUUAUUUGGCUUGACCUUUAAAGCAACUUAGUCUUUUUGAAAUAAUCAGUGCAUCAAAUGACAAUGUGAAAACAAUGUACCAUUGUGAAAGGGGUUGCUUGUAGUGAUGGACCUAUAGAGAGUAAUUGUCUACAUCUGCAGCUCCCCCUGGUUUCAGUUCAGUCUUUAGCUGUUUUGCUGCAACGUUUUGGUUCAUUGUAAGCUAGCUAACAGUCUCAUAGCACUGUAUUCAAAGAAAAAGCUCUAAAAACCCACUGUACAGUAUCUGCCACCCCACAAUAGCAGAUAGACAGAGUUAGCAGCUAGCUGGUGAACAUAGAGGCUGACUUAGCAACUGAAGAGCCCAACAUUUACCUCAGCAGCUGGUGGAGACCAAAAACAGAGCUAUAAAAAGAGAGUGAAGUCACAAAUGGGGCUAAAACAUGGUGAUAAUCUCUAUCAUCAAGCCUGCCAUUUGAAACACCAAGAUGCUUUUGGUAACACAGCCCCUGUAUGGACCUUGUCAGCCAUCCACUUCCCAUCUCCACCCUCAAACCCCCCCCCCAAGGCGACUCCUCCAAGCUGACUGGAGACCAGAGACAUACAGAAAGAAUGUUCUGUCAAUAGAGUAACUCUUAGACCUAAUUAAUUGACCACAUGUGUUUUGAAAGCUUUAAUAUUUCCUCACAGAAUGUUCAGCUAAACAGUUUCUUUCCAUGUAUAAUCCUUUUGAAUCGAGUAAACCAGUGGUGUUGUCAUUUGGCGGAACUGGACUUCCUGUAUGUCUAUGGAUGUAUGUUUUAGCCAGGGGACCAUGUCACUGUCUGUUAGAGUAAAGCACCGAUGCAAAGAAUCUAUUACAGAGAUGGAUCUAUAUCUAACAUAUUAUAAUAUUUAUCCCUGCUCUAACUGCCUAUUUUGGUACAAAAAAAUAAAAGUCUUUAUUGAGAUUUACUGAAAUCCCUCGAGUGAUGAGCAGAGAUGAUUAUUCUUUGCUUUUGAGUUGUGGAAUGUGUAUGAGUGAACCAAAAUUAAAGAAGUAAUCAGAAAAA